GCUGAGGUGAGUUGAGCGACAAGCCAGCGAAUUCGACGACGAGGACAGAGUACCUCGGAUCCUGCGAAUAUUUGACCGACUUUGACCUAUAAAACCCAUUCACUGGUUGAGUCUUCAACUUCCAUCCCUCGAAGCUUAUCUCGAUUCCAAGGGAGUCCACAACCACAUUCACCAGAGACAUAACCCCAUCACCAUCGACAUUAAUGAUUGAAGACCGUCAACCCUAAUACAUCAUAUCAUUCAUCACCAAAACACAACUCAACCAUGACAUCCCACCUCCCCACCGGAGCCUCAGUCUCACGGAGCACCACCCCCAGCACAUUUUCACAACCCACACAUUCCGCCGACGGAACGCUCCUCCCUGGAAUCCUAAUGCUCCACGGCGGAGGAUCCAACGCCACCGUGUUCAAAAUCCAAGCGCGACGCUUAAUCUGGAAUCUCUCCAAACAAUUCCGCUUCGUAUUCGCCGAAGCCCCCAUCGAAGGCACACCUGGAUUUGGCAUGUUACCGGUGUUUGCAUCCUGCGCGCCCUUCUACCGCUGGGUGACGCGACGGUUCGUUGCGGGUGAAAGCGACGUUGAACCUACGCCGGAGCAUGAAGUGCGUGAAGUGGAUGAACGGAUUCGUUCGAUCAUGGAUCAGAAUGGCGGGGUGGAGAGUUUUAGAGGCGUGAUUGGAUUUAGUCAGGGUGCGAGACUUGUGGCCGGGUUGUUGUUAAGGCAGAAGAUUCAGGAGAGGGAGAGAGGGAGAGAUGAUGGAGCUGGUGGGAGUGGUUCAGUGGAUUGGAAUUUUGCUUUUGGUGUUAUGAUCGGAGGACCGUUUCCGCCGAUUGCCAUGGCGGACAAGGUUGAUACCAAGGAUUAUGAAUUAUUAAGGGAGAUUCCCACGGUUCAUGCGUGGGGCAGAGAUGAUCAUGUUAAACCGGGAUGUGAGGAGUUGAGGAAGGCUUGUGAUAGUGAUGUGUGCUUCCAUAUGGAUUUUGAAGGUGGUCAUCAUCUACCGUUGAAGGAUGUCGAGGCAAAGGAUCUAUGUGAUUUGAUCAAUGCAGCUUGGUUUGCGGGCGGAGGGUCGUAUCAGAUUAGUGCUAGUGAGACGUAUUGAUCUUGAUGAGCGUAAUGAUCGGAUAGAUCAGAUAGAUCUAGGUGGUUCAAUGAUACUGCUGGGAAUUGGUCGCAAAUCAAUAGAUAGAAUGGUAGCUACAUCAUCAACG